UCCUUUUUUGUCUUUUCAGGCUCACUGGAAGGCAUUUUUCACCUUGAGGGCUUAUCAGCGCCUCCGGUAUUACACCAUUGUAGUUCAAGCCCAAUGGCGAAUGAAAAGAGCAGCUACCACUUAUGCAAAGAUCUGCUGGGCGACUGUAGUCCUUCAGAAGUACGCUCGAACUUGGUUCCUCUUAAAAAAAGAUCGAGAGCAAUAUCUCCUCAUUCGGGAAGCUACAGUGAAGCUUCAGAGAUCGUACAGAAGGUGGAAAGAUCAUAAAACCCAGAAGGAAAACCAUGCAGCCGAAGUGAUCCAAGCUGCUUUUAGAAGAUGGUACAAAGAUAAAAUGGCUCAACGAACUGCUGCUGCUGUAAAGAUUCAGUCUUGGUACAGAAUGCAGUUGUGGUCCCAUCGGUACAAGAGGAUCAGGAGAAGCACUGUGCUUCUCCAAGCUCAUCUCAGAGGAAAGGCACAGAGGCAGGACUUUAAGAUGUUAAAGCUGCAGCACCGCUCUGCUACGGUCAUCCAGACUGCCUUCAGGGGACAUGUUGACAGAAAACUGUUUGUGAAUAUGAGAUCCGCAGCAGUGAUGAUCCAGCAGAGGUUUCGGGCCUCUGUGAUAAGAGACUUGGAAAGGGAAAAGUUUGUAAGGAUGAAACGAGCAGCUAUUUCCAUACAGGCAGCCUACCGUGGAAAAGUGGCUCGAGAACUGCUGAAAAAGAAGCACAAGGCAGCAACACAGAUCCAAGCGGCGUAUAGGAAAUAUGCUGCCCAGAAGAAGUAUCUUCUCUUGAGAGAAACUGCAGCUGUGAUACAACAGAAAUACAGAGCUAAAGUAUUAGCCUGCAAGGCACAGAAGGAAUAUAAAGCUAUGAAGAGUGCCACAAUCCUUAUCCAAGCUACCUGGAGAGGCAGAGCUGAAAGGAACCGGAUAAAAACAUUACAUUACUGUGCAACUCUGAUACAAGCUCACUAUCGUCGACAUAAAGGGCAAAUGCGGUAUAGAUCUGUAAGGGCAGCAGCUGUGGUCAUACAACAUCAUUUUAAGGCUUUUUUGGUGAGAAACAAGAUGAGGAAUGAAUAUCUACAGAAGAAAACGGCGUGCAUUGCACUCCAAGCUGCAUUCAGAGGCAUGAGAGUUAGGGCAGAGCAAAGGAAAAAGCACCAGGCUGCAACUGUCAUUCAGUCUGUGGUUAAAAUGUUCUUAUGCAGGAAACGAUACAUUCUUCUGCAACAUGCAGUCAUUUUAAUCCAGUGCAGAUACAGAGCUGUCCUCCUCUGUAGAGCCCAGCAGGCUGAGUUCAGGAAGCUGAAACGGGCCAGUUUAACAAUACAAGCUGCCUUUAGGGGGUUCAUGGUGAAGAAGGAUCUAAAGAAGAGGCAUACAGCCGCAACAGCAAUCCAAGCUCAGUUUAGGAUGCACAGAAUUCGAGUGGCAUACCUGGCCAUGAAAUGCGCCGCCGUUAUUCUUCAGGAUCGCUACAGAGCUAAAAUGCUUAAAGAUAUGCAGAUGAAGCAGUUCCAAACAAUGAGACGUGCAGCUGUGGUCAUUCAGUCAGCAUACCGAGGGUACAGUGUCAGAAAGAAAAUUGCGGAGUGUCAUCAAGCGGCUAGGAUUAUUCAGAGAAAGUUUUUGGCCACUAAGGACAGAAAGCAGUUCCUAGCUAUCAAGGCAGCCACUCUGAUAUGUCAGCAGAGGUACAGAGCAGCAAUCCUGGCAAGACAACUCCAUCUGGACUACCAGUCAAAGCGCAGGGCAGCUGUUCAUCUGCAGGCCGCCUACAGAGGGUACGCUGUAAGAAAGCAGCUGUAUAUUAGGCAUAUGGCAGCUGUGACUAUUCAGUCACACUUUAGAAAAUACCAGCAGAGAAGUCGCUUCAAAAGUCUAAUCUGGGCUUGUAAAAUAUUACAAGAACGUUUUAGAGCGAAUAAAAUAAUGAGAGCAGAGGUGCAACAACUGAAAGCUAAAAAGAGAGCCACUGUUGUCUUACAGGCUGCCUUCCGAGGGAUGAAAACAAGGCAGACACUAAAAAAAAGACAUCAGUCUGUCAGAGUCAUCCAAAGAGCUUAUAGGUCCUACCGUCAACGUAAGCGCUACCUGUCCUUAAAAGCAUACACCAUCAAAGUCCAGCACAGAUAUCGGGCAAAUGUUGCAGCUAAGCAGCAAAGAAAGCAAUACCAACAAAUAAGGAUGGCUGCAACCAUUCUUCAAGCAGCAUUCAGAGGGAAGCGAGUUAGAGAAGAGAUUGCACAUCAGCAUCAGGCUGCAACCUUGAUCCAGACUGCAUUCAGAAAGCACAGAGAGCAAGUUAAAUUUCAGGCAAUGCGGCUCUCUGCCAUCCUCAUUCAGAAACACUAUCGAGCUCUUCUUGUCCAGAGAAGAGACAGAGAAAGCUACCUGAGAACGAGACGGUCUGCUAUAGUCCUGCAGGCAGCAUUCAGAGGACAUAAGGCAAGGAAGGAAGUUUCCCACUGGCAUCAGGCUGCAACUGUGAUCCAAUCUGCGUUCAGACAGCACAGAGAACGAGUCAAAUUUCAGGCAAUGCGGCUCUCUGCCAUCAUCAUCCAGAGACGCUACAGGGCUGUUCUUCUCCAAAGGAAGCACAGGGAGAACUUCCUUAAAAUGAGACAUUCUGCUGUAGUUGUUCAGGCAGCGUUCAGAGGAGCUCAUGUGAGAAAAAAGAUUGCAGAGAUGCACAGGGCUGCUGCUAUUAUUCAGGCAACCUUC